CAACACGAGUUUGUUUGAACGCAGCAUUUCCGACAGUGUCUGAAGGCAUCCAACAAAGCUACUGAGUUAAUGAAGCAAGGAUCAAGUUAGGGGGAAACGACAUUUACUUUGUAAAACGUCUUUAAUAGUCUUUAUUGUGGGUUAAUAGUCUGUACUGUUGAUACUUACCGGCAUUAUAUUUGUAGUCAUUAGCAAGCUGUAGUAAUUAAUUAGCGCAGGUGCUGAAAAAUGACCGCCAUUAACUUCAUUAGCAUCUCUGAGCUACAUCCCAACUUUUCUCACCCUAAAGUAGUUGGCAUCGUCAUAGGAAAGUCUGAUACUAGAAGCUUCCCUGACAGAAAAAAUGUUGGAACGGACAGAUUCACUUUUAGCUUCACCAUCAAGGACUCUCCUGAUUUCUUCAUCAAUGUGACAGCUUGGGGAAAUGAUGGCUACAUCAACGGACUCUCUGGCAGUUUCACUAUUGGAGAUUUCACCAUUGACAAUCCAUUAGUGGCCACCAAAAACCCAGAGAAGGAGGACAGGUUCUGUCCAACGACACCAACUCCCUAUAGGUUGAUGGUGACAGAUGUUCACUCCCAGGUGUAUCUGUGUGCAGACAUGGACACCAUAGACAGCCUGCUGCCACUGAUCCACCUGCCAGUUAAAGACUCCAGAGACUUCUACUCUCUGGGAGACAUAGUGGCCAACGGGCAGAGUCUUCAUGGAUCAUUUAUAAACAUACUUGCUGCUGCGAAAUCAGUUGGAGAGGCAAAACAGUUCAGGACAUCAGACGGACGCCAAGGUCAGAGGUUGGAAGUGAAGCUUUUUGAUGAUUUGGUCCCCUCCUUCCCGCUCAUCUGUUGGGAAAGAGAAACCAUUCAGCUUGUUCAGACUUUGGUAGCCAAAGGGACUGUGCUGUUCAUAGCCGAUACGAAGAUUAACUUUGAUAGCUUCCGCAACACAAUGACUGCGUCUGUCAACUCCAAAACUGUUAUCACUGUCAAUCCUGACACGCGAGAGGCCAGCGUGCUGUUCAGCUAUGCCAAAGAGAUGGUGGAAUCUGGCACCCUGGAAGACGACAAGCCAGAGGAUAUGCCAGUGGAGUCCAUUACCGAUGUAUACACGAUUGGCCAACUGAAGCAGAAAUCGCAGGAAACUGGGGAGAUGUUCUUCGGCAUCAUAUUCAGCUUCAUCUCCAAGCUUGAUCUGGACUCUUGCGUUUCAAAAGUCAUCAAGACACACUGCUCCAGAUGUAAGUUCCAGGCGCUUGAGGGCAUGCAGUGUUGCUCCAACCAGUUGUGUCCAGGGAGGGGUCAAGUCUUCUCAGCCACCACGGGCUUUGACCUGCUGGUGGACCUCACAGACCACACCGGCACCCUGCACACCUGCAGCCUCAGAAGCCCAGUGGCUGAGACAACACUUGGCUGCACUACGGAAGAGUUUACCCAUUUGACCGACGAUGAACGCACUGCAAUGAAGUGGAGGUUUCUUUUGGAGAGAUGCAAAAUAUAUGUGAAGAUCGUCCCCUCCACUAAGACAAAGAGUGGGGUCAGAGUGGUUGUCCUGGCCUGCUCACUGGCUGACCCGGGUGAGGUGAAACAGCACAUGGUGGCCCUACUGCAGACCUGAGCAAUACAGUUGAAGUUUUCAUCUUGUACUACAGAGAGCAUUAUAUAGCAUUAUUAUAGGUGUUGAGAGUUUCACAUUCUCUAUAGUAUUUAUUUAUUUAUUUAACUUUAUUUAUUCACUGAAGUGUUCAUUUGUUUAACAUUUUCACCUGUUAGAUCAUCUGUUUAAAAUAAAGUUAC